AUGAACAAAUUGAUUGGGGCACAAAUCCCCCGCACUUGGAACAACAAGGCCUGGGGAAACUUCUCCCAAAGUAGGUAUGUCUCAGCCAACUUUGAGUACAGCCCCUCCAGUACAAUCUCCCGAUUUAAGACCAUCCCCAUUGUCGAACGGGAUUCAACGAAAUGGCAGAAAUCAUGCCACGAUGUGAAGGGACAGCAGACAUUCCCCGAUAGCAACCACGAAUUUUUUGAGCUAAUUAAAAAAAGUGCAAAAGAUAAAAAGCAACAAAAUGAUCUCUCCCUUUGGAACAAGUAUUGCAGAGAAGUAAAAAUCCGAGUGAACGAAAAGAAUAUUAGUCCCCAGAUCAUUACGACUUUUUUUACGUUCCUUUCACAGACGGAUUAUAAAAAUGACCGCCUUAUCAGUGAGGUGCUAAAUCGGUGCAUUCUGCGCCUUGGCGAAUUUGACCUCGUGCACAUGUGUGCUCUGCUAAACGCGUUGGGGCGGAUGCACUUCCGAAGCGCCUACUUUUUGGACGAGGCGGGGAAGAAGCUGAUGGGUGAGGGGGACGCCUACUUUGAGCGACACUCGCCGCACUACGUGUGUCUUCUGGUGAACAGCCUGGCUAAGUUGGGCGGCGCGCCGGAAGAGAGUAACAGAGAGCGUAGCGGUGAGGGUAGCGAUAAGGGUAGCCAUAAGCGUAACGGGGUCGAAUCGGGUAACCAGGAUAGUAACGAAGCUGGUAACCAUGACGGUAACGAAGAGGGGAGUAGUGAUACCCUCAUCGCGAGCGAACAGCGCAACGCUGAUGACGGCGCGCCCGAGGGGCAGCUCCUGCCCCGCAUGGUCCAGCGAAUCCAGCAUAGACGCGCGGCAGAGUACAGCCUCGUGGGGAUGAGUCUCCUCCUGUACAACGUCUCCAAGUUCGGCCUCCAAAAGUACUACCACCUCUUCGGUCAGUUUGAAAAACACAUAGUGAAGGUAAAGAACGACCUAAACAUGAUUCAGCUACUUAAUAUAUUAAUCGCAUAUGACAAGACGUCCCUCUUGAGUUUGUCUUUUCUGGAUGAACUUUUACACAUCCGAGCACUGCAAGGUGGAGAAAAAAAUCGAAAAUGCUGUGUUCACCAUUUGGCGAGACUACUAAACGUUUCCCUUUCGUUCGUGCUCUAUACAAAAGAGAGAAGUGUGCCAACAGGGGGAAGCGAUGCGUUACGUCGCAUAGGGAAACAGGCUCUUCAUAUGUUUAUCCAGAUGUAUAGACAGCUAGACAAAUGUAGGGGGAAGGACCUUCCUUUGGUAUGCCAAACGUUAAGUAGAAAUAGAAGACUCAUCAUUAGGAGGAAGGGAGAAAGUGGCACUGUGAAUUCCCCUUAUUUGAUCUUCUCCCCCCCAAGGUGUCUUCUUACCAGCCUUUUUGAAAAAAUGACAAUCGGGGUGAAAAAAUAUAUUCACACGUACAACCAUGUGCAUCUAUCUACCAUCCUUUACUGCUACGCAAGUUACGACAUCCGAGACAGGACCGUUUUUAAUCUCAUCAAGUUGAGAUCGUUAAAAAUAUUUUCUUCCUUUGGACACAAGUCCUUUUCCUUUCUCUUCAAUGCAUUUAAACGUAUGAACAUAGAAGAUGGUGUCUUCGAAAAGUCUUGUCUGAAUAGAAUGGGACAGUUGGGUCAUUUUAGCUGCGUACAAAGUUUAUGGCUGACCCUCUCGGCCUACGCCUCCGUGAGGGAGGAGAGACAGACGGAGGACCUUUCCCGUUUGAUGUUUUCAAAUUUUAGGAAAGUCAUCUUCAGUGUCGCUUCGCCUGGUGUUGCCUCCACGGUUGUUGCUUCGUCUAGUGUCGCUUUGUCUAGUGUCGCUUUGUCUAGUGUUUCUUCGUCUAGUGUUGCUUCGUCUAGUGUUGCUUCGUCUAGUGUUGCUUCCCCUGGUGUUGCUUCCUCCGGUGUCGCUUCCCCUGGUGUCGCUUCCCCUGGUGUUGCUUCCCCUGGUGUUCCUUCGCCUCGUGUUGCUCCCCCGAACGUGGGCGAGCAGAUCGCCCGGCUGACGAGCCUCCUCACCAAGGUGCGGAAAAUCCCCCCCGGGAAGGUGCUGCACCUCCUGGCGAGUCGCUAUCCAAAUUAUGAACAUACCCUUUCAGCGGACAACUGCACAAGUCUCCUCACUUUCGUGUCAAAUCUGUGUGCCAGCCUAACCGAGAAGGAAGAGAAGCCAUCCUGGAGAAGCUACUACCAUUUUGUUAACUCCCUAACGAAAAAGAUUCUUGCAUCUAGCCAUUUGUACAGAAACAAAGAUCUGUUAAUAAACUUCCUACACGGAAGUGGGAAAACCUUCCCUUCUUUUGCUAGAUGCACCAAAGUGGACGAGAGAAAGAUGUUUUAUUUUGAGCAGAUUCUCAGAAUUGUGUUGCCACAUGUGUAUCCUUUUAUUGGCCAAAUGAACAUGGGAGAAAUUGCCGUCCUGGUGGAGUGCCUCAGCAAGGAGAACUACUCCCUGGAGGCAAUGGCCGCGGUGGGCUCGGCGAGUGACAUGCAGUUCGACGAGCUUGGGGGGGCGGUGCUGCGCCGGGUGAAGGGGCUGCUGCGCGGGGGGAAGGAGACCAACGAGGAGGAGGCAGACGUGGGGGAGACAGACGUGGGGGAGACAGACGUGGGGGAGGCAGACGUCGAUCACACCACCAUACGAAUCGCUAACGCAAUCACCGUUUGGAGGGGGUUGCUGAGUCUGGCCCUUCACGACAAGGAGGUGUUCCAAUUGAUGGUCCAACGAUGCAUACUGUCUUCGCCAUGCCUAUCGUCCGUCACGUCUUUGUCUCAAGCCAUACACUACGUAUGCGUGUACAGCACGACCAGUGAGCCCAUUCCAAAGAAGAAACACAUAGGGCUAUUACGCUUUUUACUUAACAUUGUACACAGGUUGAUGGUCAAUGAGGGGGUGCUUCAUCUCAACUGCAGAGGGGAAGACGAGGAAGACGGGGAAGCCCUUAUCUCCGAAGAGAAUUUAAGAAGAUUUUCCAAGGAACCUCUUCUGGGGAAGGCCCUCACAUCGUUAUGCGAUGCUGUUAUGAUAAUCCUGCCCCAUGUGUGCAACAUAGAGACGGAUAAACCUUCGCAGUCGUCCCACCCUUCGGAUAACGACCUUCAUUCCAUUGCCUUUCGACCCCUGAUCAGCCCUUCUUUGUUGCAUUUUUAUUUGGCCAUCUUAAAAAUAACUGAACAAGUCAGGCAAAAGGAGAAUAAUCAAUAUCAUCCAUUCCGCAGAGACGAGUUACGUGACGUAGUGGAAGAGAUACGCCAGUGCGCGUUGGGCAUUCACAUGAGCAGCGUGUACGUGGAGCUUCCCCCCUUCAGCGUGCUGGUGUUGGGUGGGGCAGCAUCCCCUUCUUAG